UUGGGCAAUCAUAUCAUAUCAUAUCCCCUCCUAUUCCGGCCUAUAUCUGCGAUUGUAUAUAAACCCGCCGGGGAUUCAUUCAUUCAACAUCCAUCCCGCCAUUAAUUUCCCUUUUUCUUCAUCGCUCUUUCAUUCUCAGCUUGACUUUUAUAAACAUUUAUAAAUGGCGUCUGCUUCUUCAGUUACUCUCCAAUUUCACCUCCCAUUUCAGAAACCCUCCAAGAACAGGCCUUCUACCCGCCGUUUGAAGUUCCAGCCGGUGUGCAUCUCGGUAUCGGAGAACACGCCGGCGGCCGUGUCUGUGUCUCCGCGGCCGCCGUCUCCGGCCACUCUCCCGCUCCGUAAAAUCCCCGGGGAUUACGGGCUUCCUUUUGUGGGCCCGAUGAAGGAUAGGCUUGAUUACUUUUACAAUCAAGGCAGGGAGGAGUUUUUCCGGCAGCGUAUUCAGAAGUACCAGUCAACGGUGUUCAGAACCAACAUGCCACCUGGCCCUUUUAUCUCCUCCGAUUCCAAAGUCGUCUGUUUGCUCGACGGGAAAAGCUUCCCCACGCUCUUCGACGUCUCCGUCGUCGAAAAACGCGACGUUUUCACCGGAACUUACAUGCCAUCCACUGAACUCACCGGCGGAUACAGAAUCCUCUCCUACAUUGACCCCUCCGAGCCCAGCCACGCUAAGCUCAAGAAUCUAAUGUUUUUCCUCCUCUCCCAUCGCCGCCAUCACCUCAUCCCCGAGUUCCAUAAUUCCUACGCGGAUAUGUUUCACUCUCUGGAGACUCAACUCGCCACUAACGGUAAAGCUGGGUUAAAUGCGGCUAACGAUCAGGCGGCUUUUAAUUUCUUGGCUCGCUCUCUUUACGGGGUUGAUCCUAUUAAAACAAAGCUCCGAUCAGACGCGCCUAAAUUAAUCGGGAAAUGGGUAUUGUUUAAUCUUCACCCCGUCCUUAGCCUUGGCCUCCCUAAACAGAUAGAAGAUCCCCUCCUCCAUACUUUCCGGCUCCCCCCUGCUUUAGUCAAGAAAGAUUAUAAAAUCCUUUAUGAUUUCUUCUAUGAAAACUCCACCGCUAUACUCGAUCACGGCGAAAUUCUCGGUAUAUCCCGAGAAGAAGCCUGCCAUAAUCUCGUCUUCGCCACUUGCUUCAAUUCUUUCGGCGGAAUGAAAAUCUUCUUCCCCAACAUGCUCAAAUGGAUCGGCCGCGCCGGUGUGAACCUCCACACCAAACUAGCCAAGGAGAUCCGCUCAAUCGUGAAAUCCAACGGCGGGAAAAUCACGAUGGCGGGGAUGGAACAGAUGGAGCUGAUGAAAUCAACGGUGUACGAAUCCUUCCGCAUCGAACCGCCGGUCCCAACACAAUACGGCAGAGCUAAACGCGACAUUGUGAUCGAGUCCCACGACGCAAGAUUCCAAGUUAAAGAAGGGGAAAUGUUGUUUGGGUUUCAGCCAUUUGCCACUAAAGACCCGAAAAUCUUCGACAGGGCUCAAGAAUUCGUCCCCAACCGAUUUGUGGGCGAGAAAGGGAAGGCAUUGUUGAAGCACGUUCUCUGGUCCAACGGCCGUGAAACGGAGAAUCCGACGGUGAACGAUAAACAGUGCGCCGGGAAAGAUUUCGUGAUGUUAGUUUCCAGGCUGAUGUUGGUGGAGUUCUUCCUCCGUUAUGAUUCUUUUGAUAUAGAAGUCGGAAUGUCGCCUUUAGGUGCAUCUGUAACAUUAACAUCACUCAAAAGAGCUACCUUUUGAUGUCAUCUAUACCAUUAAUAUUUAUACAACAUUUCUAAGUUUUUUUUA